AUGAAGACAACUGUAUAAAAUGCCAAACUGACACCUUUAGUAGCAUAUAAAAUAACUUUUAAUGUACUUAAACUUGUCUAUAAGGCUAAAUAAAUACACAAAACUAAUAAUGUGUUUAAUGCUUAGUUGAAGGAUGCAUCUAAUGUGAUGCUAGCUAAAAUUGCUUAAAAUGUGAAGAUAAUUUAUAACUUAAUUAAGAAAAUAAUAAGUGCUUUAUAUAAUAAAACUUUUGUGAGUCAAGUGUUGAAUUUAUUGAGUCCCCUUUUUCAAAAAAUCAAUGCUCAAAAAUCUGCUCCUCUUUCACUUAUUAAAAUUUUGAAACUCAUCAAUGCGAAUAAACACAACAGUGCCCAUAUUUUGAAAGUAGUAUUAAUAAUUUCAAUUAAAGAAUAGUAAUUAUACAUGUAAUAUGGGGUAGAAUUUAAUUAAAAAAGCUUUAUUGUAGGGAAUUAUGGUGGAUGCUUAGCAAGUAAAAGCUUAGUUAUUGCGAAUUUCGCUACAUCCUAAACUGUUUAUUCAGAGACAGGGUUUUAGGAUGAUCUUAAUGUAGGAUAUAUUGAUAUUGAUAACUAAAUUGUAUUUUUAACAAGCUAUAGUUAAAACCAAAUAAUAGUUUUUGAUGGAAUAAGUUCAUAAGUAAGUAAGUUGCCAAUAAAUUAAUCUCCACCAUAAAUACUAUUUUAAAUUCAAAAUAAAUAAAAUGUGACUUAUUACGCUAUGGAUACUUAAUUGAAGGAAAUAUUGGUAAAUAGAGAUAGAUCCUUAAUAAUAAAAAAUAGUACUAUAAAUUUCGAUUUAUCAUCUACUAUUGUCUAUUCAAUAUAAAAAAAUGAUUUUUUAAUAACUAUUUCUAGGGAUCAAGCUCCUCUUUACAAUUAUAAAGAAUUUUAUAGCUUGAAUUUAAAUUCGAUCAUUGAAUACAACUAAAUAGAUUACAGCAUAAACAUUUCAAUUUUAGACGCAAGUUCAGAAUAAAUUAUUAAUCAGUUCAACAUAACUUCUUCGCAAUUAUUUAAGGAUAAUAAUAUAGGAUGGAUAAUCAUAAAUCAAAAUCGAGUAAUUAGUAAAAACAGUAAACACUCCUUUUAUUACUGA